AUGCACAGUAGCUGGCGAGUGGUGCGAGUAAGUGGAGGAGAGAAGAAGGAGGUAACAAUGUAUGCAGCUGCGAUUGACACCGAGGAGUGGAGACGCCUUGUGCUGCACUCGAUGCCUUGGGAGGACUUGAAGACACAACUAGACUUUCCAUCAGGAUGUGGAGAGUGUAAGCAGAAGGGUGUGGAUUGCUGGGCAAGGGGUAAAAUUAUACAGAACAAUUACAUCAUCAUUUCACCGCAUACGGACCCACAAGUUAGCAUUGUAGGGAUGAAGUGGGGCAUCAAUUGCCCAGAUCGGCGAACAGGUCAAGCUCCCGAUGAUGACAGUACAUGUAGGUACUUCUCCCCAAGGGCUACAACUCAAUGGAAUUUGGCCAAUCAGCAAGCAAUCUAUUGGUGGCACGAAGUGGAAAACCAAGUGGUGGUCACCGCAGCCUCUACUCCUACAGUAAUGUGCGUGGAUGGGGAGAAUUUGCUAAUUUUCCACCGCUUUUUCGCCAUCCAUCUUCGCAUAAGCUAUCUUGAGGAUAAAAUAGCUUUGCUUGAGCCAUUUUUGUUAUUUGUAGUUCACAUUUCAGCGCCUGGGGUCAUUCUCAACGAAGGAGGUGGACUUAAUGGAGUGAAGGGGUAG